AGAGGUAGAGUUCUUAUUCACAAUUCAUAACACAAAUCAAUUCUUCUCUAGUCUAAGUAUGGGACAUGUAUAUUCAAUGAUUUUUGCUAUAGUUUUCUGCCUUGUAGCCACCAGUGUGGUGGCUGAUUAUAAGCCUUACCAUCAUGCUUCUCCACCACCACCCUACCAUCCUAAACAUUACAAACCUUCUCCAUAUUAUAAAAGCUCUCCGCCCCCACCAAUGCAUGCGAAACACCCGUCAUACUACUAUAAAUCGCCACCCCCGCCAAAAUAUAUGAAACAUCCGCAAUACUACCACAAGUCGCCACCUCCUCCAAAAUAUGUGAAACAUCCGCCAUACUAUUACAAGUCGCCACCUCCGCCAAAACAUAUGAAACAUCUGUCAUACUACUACAAAUCGCCACCUCCACCAAAAUAUAUGAAGCACCCUCCAUAUUAUUAUAAGUCGCCGCCUCCGCCAAAAUAUGUGAAGCCUCCAGUGUAUAAAUAUAAAUCUCCACCUCCACUAAAACCAUACUACUAUAAGUCACCUCCUCCUCCAAAAAGGUCUCCACCUCCUCCUUACUACUACUCAUCGCCGCCGCCUCCGAAGAAGUCUCCGUCUCCUCCAUACUACUACUCAUCGCCGCCUCCUCCAAAGAAGUCUCCGCCUCCUCCAUACUACUACUCGUCGCCGCCGCCUCCGAAAAAGUCUCCGCCUCCACCAUACUACUACUCGUCGCCGCCUCCUCCGAAAAAGUCUCCGCCUCCACCAUACUACUACUCGUCGCCGCCUCCUCCGAAAAAGUCUCCGCCUCCACCAUACUACUACUCGUCGCCGCCUCCUCCGAAGAAGUCUCCGCCUCCACCAUACUACUACUCGUCGCCGCCUCCUCCGAAGAAGUCUCCGCCUCCACCAUACUACUACUCGUCGCCGCCUCCUCCAAAGAAAUCUCCGCCUCCACCAUACUACUACUCGUCGCCGCCUCCUCCAAAGAAGUCUCCGCCUCCACCAUACUAUUACUCGUCCCCGCCGCCUCCAAAGAAGUCUCCGCCUCCUCCAUACUACUACUCAUCGCCGCCGCCUCCAGUGAAGUCCCCUCCUCCUCCAUACUACUACUCAUCGUCGCCGCCUCCAGUGAAGUCCCCUCCUCCUCCAUACUACUACUCAUCGCCGCCGCCUCCAAUGAAAUCUCCACCUCCCCCUUAUUAUUAUAAUUCUCCACCUCCACCAUCACCAUCACCUCCUCCUCCUUAUUAUUAUCAACCUCCCCCACUCCCAACUUACUCUCCUCCUCCUUCACACUACUAAAUAUAUUUACCACCUUCAAAUUACUACUGUUAAGCUUAUUGUGGAAUGAAUUUAAGAUGUCAAGAUAAGAACAUUGUGUUCUAAUUGUUAUAUUGUUGUUUAUUAAAGAGAUUUCAUAUUAUUUUUAUGUGUAAUAAAAAAGUCUUCAUGUAUAAUAAGGAUCUAGAUCAAGAUUCAAAGUGAAUUAUUUUCUAUAAUGUAAUGUUUAUUUAACCAUUUUUUUGCAAAA